UCAGAAUGCGCCCUGAACGCGCUCCCCGUCAACUGUAGUGGUAAAAAAAGAUGGCGGCCAGCGCGCGAGUCCAGAAGCUCCUCCGACGAUAUAAACUAGCGAUAGCCGCCGCGCUGACGAUCCUCCUGGUCCAGGGUCUGGUGGUCUGGAGUCUGAGGAGUCUGGAGGAGGGAGAGUCGGAGAGAAAAACACGUCGGUCUAAGCUGCCUGAUAACAACAGCCAGGACCCAAAGAGGGACCCGGCACUGUGGGAGAAACAGAAGUCUCUGUCGGGGAGGAAUAAGGGCAGAUGGAGCCCAAAGUUAGAGAGGACUGGGGGCACAGCAGCCAGCGCGCUGAGGAGAGGGACGAACCGCAAAGGGGAGAAACCCAACCUGCGGGUGAAAUCUCCUCAAGAGCGGGGGAUGACCGGAGCAGGAGUGGACAGCGUGGUCCUCCACGAUCUUUCCAGCAGCCGCAACUUGAGUGACACACGAGGUGGUGGCAACGACGGAGUGGCUAAGAUACCCGCUGCUGCUGCAGCCGCCGCCGCCGUGCUGGGGGAGCCGGGCAGCGUGGACGGAGCGCACCAAGCCCCCAGCAGUGACUUUGUGCCCAAAUGUGACAUAAUGGGGAAGGACGCGCUGUCCGCUCUCCAUCGUGCCGGGUCGCAGCAGUGCCGCCAAGAGAUCGCCAACAUCGUGUGUCAGCAUCAGGCUGGGCAGCUCAUGCCGCAAACUCUUCCACAGUUCUGCCCGCAGCUUGGUGUUCUGAAUCCAGUCCAGGCGGUUGGCGAGCUGGACAACAGUCUGUCUUCCAUAGAGAAUCCUGUCAGAGUGGCGUUUGUGCUGAUGGUCCACGGCCGAGCUGUACGGCAGCUCAAACGCCUCAUUAAAGCCAUUUAUCAUCGUGACCACUACUACUACAUCCAUGUGGACAAGCGCUCUGGUUACUUGCAUCGGGAGGUCCUGCAGAUAGCAGAGCAGUACCCUAACAUACGAGCCACGCCCUGGAGAAUGGUCACCAUUUGGGGCGGGGCCAGCCUGCUGAAGGCAUACCUCCGCAGCAUGCAGGACCUGCUCUCCAUGCUGGACUGGAAGUGGGACUUUUUCAUCAACCUCAGUGCAACAGAUUUCCCCACCAGGACCAACGAUGAGCUGGUGUCGUUCCUCUCGCAGCAAAGAGACAAAAACUUCCUGAAGUCCCACGGGAGAGAAAACGCCCGGUUUAUCAAGAAGCAGGGCCUCGACCGUCUUUUCCACGAGUGUGAAAACCACAUGUGGCGUCUCGGCGAGCGCAGCAUCCCCGACGGCCUGGAGGUCUCAGGUGGCUCUGAUUGGUUCGCGCUCACCCGCCGCUUCGUGGAGUACGUCAUCAACUCCCAGGAUGCCCUGGUGUCGGGGCUGAAGCAGUUCUAUUCCUACGCUCUGCUCCCCGCCGAGUCCUUCUUCCACACGGUGCUCGGGAACAGUCACAUGUGCGACACCCUGGUGGACAACAACCUGCGCGUCACAAACUGGAACCGUAAACUGGGCUGUAAGUGUCAGUACAAGCACAUUGUGGACUGGUGCGGCUGCUCUCCCAACGAUUUCAAACCUCAAGACCUCAUCCGGAUCCAGCAAUUGAGUCGCCCCACCUUCUUUGCCCGUAAGUUUGAGUCCUCUGUGAACCAGGAGGCCAUAGACAUCCUGGACACUCACCUGUACGGUCAGUACGCUCCUGGCACUGUGGCCAUCAAGGCGUACUGGGAGAGUCUGUUUGAGCAGCCGGACGGCGUGACCUCACUCAGCGACAUCACUCUCACUGCUUACAUGUCAUUCUUCCGCCUCGGUCUCAAACAUCUUCAAACCUCUCAGAGCACCGUGGAGGUCUGCAGGUUUGAAGCAGUGGGCUUCCCUCUCUCAGUGCACUUGUACUUCUAUGAUGACCGUUUUCAAGGAUACCUGGUGCGUCAGGAGGUUCAAGCUGUGGGUUCAAAGGUCAGGGAGACACUGGAGAUGUGGGCGGUGCCUCAGGCCAUGCUCGUCCUUGAGACCAACCUGAAGGAGUUUGAAAGAUUGAAGAAUCUGGAAAUCGGCACAGACUGGGACCCUAAAGAGAGAAUCUUCCGGAACUUCGGCGGGGUGAUCGGCCCUUUAAGCGAACCUUUGGCAGUCCAGAAGUGGGCGCGGGGUCCGAACCUCACAGCCACCAUCGUUUGGAUCGACCCCGCUUUGGUGGUGGCGGCAUCUUAUGAUAUCACUGUGGAUUUGGAUGCCGAGUACACGCAGUACAAACCUCCACUUCAGCGCCCGCUACGACCUGGCACCUGGACCGUACGCGUAUUAAAACAGUGGGAGCGUGUGGCAGAGGUUCGAUUCCUCAUCAUGCCGUUAGCCUUCAAAGACAAAGAGCCACUACGCAAAGACGAGGACAGCUGGCUCCAUGCUGGUCCUCCAGGUAACCUGUACUUGGAGCAGAGCUUCCAGACACUGAGCUCCGUGCUGAAGCUUCCUCCUCAGGAGUCAGCCCUGCAGGAGGCGCAGCAGAAAGUCCAGCUGGUGGGUCAGAGCCUGGAGGCAUGGGUGGACAGCAGCGUGGGGGACUUCUGGGUCACAGGGGACUUGUGCACCACACAGACUUCUUCCUGUCCGGCUGUGGUGCCCUGCAACAAAACUUCCUGGAGCUCUUUGUCCCCGGACCCAAAGUCCGACAUGGGUCCUGUUAAAAGUAACGGGAGGAUCAGGUAGCAACAUGAGAGGAAGAGGGACUGUGGACUGAACUCACACUGUGGGACUGAGGGGGAGCUGGACCUGCACUGCAGAACUUAACGAGAACCUGUGUGACCUGGUGUCUUUGUCCAAGGUCGGAUCACUCCUAAGGGCACAUGAAUAACCAGACGUCUUCCUGCACUGAGGAGUUGUUUGUGUUCGGAGUGACGCAGACUGAAAUCAGGAGGGAGAGACUUCUGGAGAUUUGCACAUACAAGUAUGCGAACACUAUGUCUUCAAAACAUUUCACGUCAGUCUGGAACACGGAUUUCAGUCUGAGUCUAAAACAACCCUCUGCGCAUGUUUGAACUCGGUUUUCAGCGCUCAGUUUUCCUGAUUCUUUGAAUACAUCAGGGAGCAAACCUCACUCACAGGCUCCUCGCUGCGUCCUAUCUUCAUUUCAAGGGAGAGUGGAACCUCUGAAUCAUUUUAUUGUGCUUGUUUUGAAGCAUUUCUAUGUACAAAAGAAACAGACAAGACAGAUGAAGUGCACUUUACUGUAAGUCUAUGAUGUUACACAGAGGUCACAGGGUUAUAGGGGGAGGUGUUAGAAAGGUCACAUCACUCCUUGUUUAUUUAACAGUACACUCUGAGGCACAUACCUGCACAGACACAUCACUAAAUACCUGCAUGAGGAAAAUCCAAGUGAGGGUUCUAUUUGACUUUUCUUUUGUUUUCUGAGUCAUUUAACAUGUUUUUGUUUGUUUCUUUUCUUUGAUUGUGUGCGUCCUAAACAGGUCUAAAGUGUCAUGUUGUCUUUGAUGUCCAUUGUUGCAAAAAAAAGAAAGCCACUCUUAGUUGUUUUGCUGGUCAAAGAAAGUGCCUGUAGAGCUGCAGAGAGCAGGGUUACACUCAGAACUGGUCGUAUGGAAGACUGUUGAUGUUGAAACCUCAGAAUCAGUGAACCCUGGGGAAAGUCUGUCUGCAAUUAAUGACUAAUUUCUCCUUCGAUUUAUCUUCUGUUGUUUUUCAGGAUGAACAUAUCAACUGUUCGGUCUACAAAGUUGUGAAACUUGCUGUCUACAAUCUGUCACAGCCCACAGUGGUGUUUUUCAAUCUCUGCUUUUGUGCUCAAAACAUUUUUACACAAACACAAAACGCAGCAAUUUGUGAUGUUUAAGCAGCUAAAACCAACAAGUUCUCAAGUUUUUUUAAUAUGACAAACUGCCAAAAAGAUGAACCCAUGAUCAGAAUAUUUGGCCACCAUUUUUCUUAUUAAUGGUUGAAAUUUGCAGCUCUUCAAGAAAUGCCAAAAUUGUGAUGACAAAGUCGGGAUGAACAACCAAACUCGAAUCCAGCAAAUCGUUUUAAAAAAUGUUUUCAUCCAGAAUUUUCUGAACUCAAUCAGCUAGCUUUGAAUGGUUCAGAAAGUUUGAAUCAAAUUUUAAAGGACUUUUGAAAUGUUAAUAAUCUUUUUCUUUCUUCUUCUUCAAGAUCAAGCUAACAGCCGACUUAGCCUGACCUGAAGGCUUAAUGAAAUUAGCUCAGCAGCUCUGAUGAAGCUCAGUCGUGUGUUGAAUUAUAACACUUAGUGUAAAUAUGGUCAUUUUAAUUUUUACCACAAGUUAUGUUUGACCAUGUCUGUGUCGGAUCGAAACACUUCUUGUAUGUCCUCGUGUCGCCCCUUAAAUGAUCUGGAACAAAAGUUAGCCCUGGUCUAUCAGAUUUCUAAAAGAAGCUACAUUUUGUGUUGAAGUUGUGGAGCUUCAGAAAUACUAACAAGCAACAAAAAGCACCAAUCAGCAUCACUGAAAAAGUUUCCUGUUUUGAUGCUAAGCUAACCAGCUGCUAGAUAUAAAUAGCUGGUUCCAAUUCCUAAUUAUCCUACGAAGCGGGAAAUAAGAAGCAUUACAAGAUUGGUUUAGAUCAGGAUCCAAUUUCCAAUUUGUGUUGUUCAAAUUUGUGAGUAGGAUUGGGAUUGGGAUUACUCUGAUCCUCCUGAUCCAAGCAGAGGGCUGGAUUCAGGCCGGAUUACAGGAGCUAAAUGUAACACAGGACUUCCACCAGAUCCGUGUCCGGUCCGUCUCUGAUCCGCUGCGAUCCGGCUCCCUGCUCUCUUGUCAACACCCACCUGUUGCGUUUUCGGAACGCAGCACAGGCAGGACCGCCGUGACCAAGGUUUUUGGCAAUCACUGAAUCAACGAUUUUCCUCCUCCUGAGUGUUUUAUUCUGAAAACUAUCUGCUCUGUGCUGAAUUGAUGCGUCGUGCUCCGGCAUCCAGCAAAAAGAGAAGUCUUGCGUAUCAGAUCCGUUGUGUUCCGACCUGACGGAUCAGAGGCGCAACCGGAACGCAACGGAGCGGGUCCAGUGGGGGUUAAAAGAUUGACUAGAACAGAAACCUAUCAGAUCUGGUGCCGUGAUGGAUCGGAGACAGACUGGACACGGAUCUGGUGGAAUUUGGCCUUUAGGAGUCUUUUAAAGGGGUUCAACCGAAAUGUGUUGACGUUGAUGUUGAUUCUUCCGGCCUUUUUUUUUAGUAUUUGGCCUUUGAGUUGCCGUAUCUCGACGGCAACAUAGAUAAAGUGGAUUUCAGGGUUGCAAAUAAAAAAAAUAUCAUCCUCAAAAAAAACUUUUAAUGAGAUGGAAACGAUAUCAAACAUAAAACGAUCUAAGGCAGCUGGAUCUUUUAGUUUGUGUGGAUUAUGGCGCCCCCUGUGGACAAAGUAUGUAACACAUCUGAUUUAGAGCUGUGGUAAUCCGGAUUUGGUAAUUUAAAUCGAUGUCUGGAUCAGGUUGAUCUAAUCCAUGUUUUCUUUGAUAAAGUAGUGAGCUGGAUUACUUUCUCCUGGAUAAACUUAUCCUGGAUUACCUGAUCCUGGAUUACCUAAUCUUGGAUUACCUAAUCCUUGACAGAAGAAAAAAUUGAUUCCCAUAUCCAUAUCAUUUUGAUCCAGACGGAACAUUUUAACAACCAGACCCUGAUCAGACUGUGGAGAAGACAGCAGAUGAGUGUUUUAACCUAAAUGUGGCACUUCUCCUUUAAAUACAGGACUCUAAAUCCCAGUCAGGAUGACAGAGAGUCUGUUUGACCUCCUGUGAAUCAGUUCAAAUGCAGUAUAUCACCUGUGUCUGUGCCGUCGGCCUCACAGGUCUGUUAUUGUUCACCCUUCAAUUCCUAACGGUUCAUUUCAUUUCAGCUCUUGUGUAAACAGCUCUCUGUAUGUUUGUUUUUUAUGUUAGCUCCAUGGAGUGAAUCUAAGCUGCCUUUACUUAGUGAAAGAAGAAAUGUUUACUCCGGGAUUAAAGCUUCAAGGGACGUGCAAUGAAGCCUUGUCAGAGGAGAGUGAACCCCGUCUGUGUCUUAGUUCUUUUUUGUUUAGUAUAACGUGAUUCUGUUUUUAAUAAUAGUUUGCCACAUUAUGAGUUUUAAGUGACCUUGUUUACCUUGCACAGUCGCUUCAGUGAAGCCCAGUUUUAUUGCAGAUAAUCGGUGUAACAGAUGUUAUUUUUCUAUACUGUGUGAGAGGGAAGUGUGUGUUGUCUGUUCAUCUCCAGUGCUCUGUUAAACUAUUAAAACUGCUGUCUUAUUAAGUCGUGUUUGACAGUCACACGUGUUUAGAGGAGCAGAUCUUCUGUUUUUAUUUUUCAUGUAGGGGUUGGGAGAAUGUUUAAGUCUGGUUUGUGACUCGUGCUGCUCUGUGUGGCUUUAAAGGACUUCAGCCUGUCACAGCAUCAGCAUCCUGACAGACGAUCAAUAAAAAAAACACCUAAAUGAA